GACUUUGCCUCCUGUCCUCUCUUUAUCGCCACAUUUCUCUGCUCAGGGUCACUCCCGAUGCCUCGCUCUUGUUGGAUGGGAGACAGUGACACGCCACAGGCAGGAUGACAAACCAGCCGACAGCCAACUUGUCCAACACAAAGAGGGGAAAGCAGAAGGAGGAAACCACUGGAGAUGACAAUACUGAGCUUGCAUUUAAAGAUGCUGGCCACUGCAGCCGUAAUACCCACAACCUGCUCCUGGGACUCACUGUUCUUGGUGUUGUCAUGGGAGCAGUGUUUGGGAUGCUGUUGCGCUACAUGAUGGUGAAAGACGCUGCAGCCCUCACCAUGGUUUCCUUUCCAGGGGAAAUCCUCAUGAGGAUGUUGAAGAUGCUCAUCCUGCCUCUAAUCAUCUCCAGCCUUAUCACAGGUCUCGCUGGUCUUGACGCUCGCUCCAGUGGAAGAAUGGGAAGCAGAGCCAUGGUGUACUACAUGUCCACCACUGUGAUCGCAGCCAUCCUGGGAGUCAUCCUGGUACUGGGAAUCCACCCGGGGAACCCCAAACUGAGAGGCAGCACGAGGUCCACAGCCACAAAAAACCAAGAGGUCAGCAGCCUGGACGCUUUCCUCGACCUGAUCAGAAACCUCUUUCCUGAGAACCUGGUGCAGGCCUGCUUCCAACAGGUGCAGACGGUUUUGAAACAGGUGGUGGUCACAGCACCAAACCAAACUGAGCCCAUAGUGGAGAACAGGAAAAAACUGGAAUACAAAUGGGGCAUGAAUGUUCUUGGCUUGAUUGGCUUCUUCAUCACCUUCGGGAUCUGUAUGGGCAGGAUGGGUGAGCGUGGGAGAAUCAUGUGCGACUUCUUCAACAUCCUCAAUGAAAUCAUCAUGACGAUGGUUUCCAUGAUCAUGUGGUACUCUCCUAUCGGCAUUGCCUCUCUGAUUGCGGGUAAAAUUGCAGCUAUUGGGGACCUGGAGAUGGUUGCCAGGCAGCUGGGCAUGUACAUGGUGACUGUCAUCGUGGGCCUCGUGAUCCACGGGGGCUUGAUCCUGCCCGCAAUCUUCUUUGCCAUCACCAGAAAAAGCCCAUUUACUUUCUACUCUGGGAUUUUCCAGGCAUGGAUCACAGCUUUGGGAACAGCCAGCAGUGCAGGGACGCUCCCGGUCACCUUCCGAUGUCUGGAGGAAAACCUCAAGAUUGAUAAGCGUGUGACUCGCUUCGUGCUGCCAAUAGGAGCCACCAUCAACAUGGACGGCACAGCCCUAUAUGAGGCUGUGGCAGCCAUCUUUAUUGCCCAGAUGAAUGACAUAGCACUGGAUGGUGGACAGAUCAUCACUGUCAGUAUGACCGCCACCCUGGCCAGUGUUGGAGCGGCCAGUAUUCCCAGUGCUGGACUGGUCACCAUGCUGCUGAUCCUGACAGCUGUCGGGCUGCCAACUCAGGACAUCAGUUUGCUAAUUGCUGUCGACUGGCUGCUUGACAGAAUGCGUACCUCUAUCAAUGUGGUGGGUGAUUCGUUUGGUGCCGGGAUCGUGGACCACUUGUCAAAGGCAGAACUCGCGGAACUCGAUGCAGCAGAAAUGCUCCCGACAGAGGAAGAGUUGGAUUUUAUCCCUCCGCCGCCAAUCCUCACCGAAAUGGACCUCAUUGACCCCCUCAAGCCUCCAGAGCUGCCACCUCGGUCCCCUCGCCCACCUAAACUAAAUCAUCACAGCCAUGUUCUCUCCCAGUCCGCCACUUACUCACCUUCAUGUUCUAUCCGAUCGCCAUCACCACACUCCGUUCGCUCUCCCUCUCCACGAUCCGUCUGCUCCCAUUCCCCUCGACCUUUCCGUACUCAUUCGCCACGCCUCCUCCGCAGGAUGGAACCAGGCUACUCUGCCCUGCCUUGCCAUGAUAACCAGAUUUCCACAUUACCUCGCACUCACAGGGAGCGGGACAGGGGGCGGGACAGGGGGCGGGACAGGGAGCGGGACAGGGUCCGGGACAGGGAACGGGAGCGACUGAGACCCGAAAGUGAAACGGAGGAGGAGGAGGACAGAGAGCGAGUUCUGGGUGAAGUGAGCGACGGUGAGGAGAGUGACGACACUGCUUACGAUCGGCGGUGCGCCAUCCCACCCUGCGAUUUGCCAUAAUGCCAUAUUAGUCUGUUUGUCUCGGUUUUAUAACAUAUUUUUCCACUUUCUGCAUUGCUAUUUAGAAAAAUCCCGUAGAGGCUCAAAGUGGAAACUGUCACAGAGAUUAAAUCGCAUAUACCCUAAAUAUUGCGAUGAAAGUGGGGUCCCGUUGAAAUCUGGAACAAAGUACCUGAAGACGUUUUUGUAUUUUUCAUCAACCUAAGACGGUUCUGAAUGGCUGAAGUUCCUAAACUGUGUUAGAAAGAAAAUCGUCUCUGCUGUUGAUUAGAGGGGCAUGUUUCUGUUCUUACCAGACUUUAUUGCCCAAAUCCAAAGAAGUAAAUAAAAUAUUUCAACAUAGCAAUCGACAACAUGGGUGUCAAACUCCAUUCCUGGGGGUCCAACUUUUAGAUGUGUCCCUGGUCCAACACACCUGGGUACAAUAGCAGAAUUGCGAGAAACAUCUAGAGAAACAUCUAAAGGUUGUAGGACACUGAUCCUUAAGUACACCUGUGAUCCAGAAGAUUAACUUUACCUUUUUAAACAUUUUCACCGAAUUCCAGAGGUGACAAUAUUGGUCCCACUAAUAACUUUACAGCCUGGUUCUGUUCAAAAGCAACAGCUUUAACUGCAUCACUUUUCCAAAGCCAACAGUCAAUUAACCAUCGUGCUUUAUUACUAAAAUUACUUUUAGUUACAUAGGUUUAGGAAUUUGGACUAUCUUCAAAUUUGACUAACUUUGUGCAAUGCUCUGGUUGCACGAGUAGCAAACCUCCCCAUAGAAUUAUGCUGCCACCACCAUGUUUGACAGAUGAUACUGUUAUUAGGUAUAAAAGCUUCACCCUAAAUCCUUCAAACAUACCUAAUGUCGUUGUGGACAUUGUGUCUCUUCUGACCAUCACAUUUCUA